AAUCACUCGCUCCACUCCAACUCUAUCAAGCAUUCCUAUUCUUAGACACAUAUCUGGAGGAAUCGGAAUUAAUAUAUAAACACUGGAAUUCCGAUUGAAGUUUUCGCUCUCCAUCCUCUUCAUCACACUCUUUUAUUCGCUUUUGAAUUCUUUCCUUCUUUUCUUCUACUCGGUUAAUAUAUGCACUUUCGUUUUCAACAUGCAACUCUUCAACUUCCCUAUCGUGGUUCUCCUAAUGAGUUCCGCCUCAUUUGUAAGCGCUCUCCCUGUCCAGUAAGCUUUCUCGUCUUAUCCGAUUAUACUUCAUAUGAACUAACUCUUGAUAGAUCUGCGUCCUCUGAGCAACCCCAACCCCACGCAGACAUUCAUGCCCGCUAUGGACCCUAUCUUACUCAAGGCUUAUGGCGAAUGAAGAACGAGGCAGCGAUAGCAAAACAGUCGUCGGCCCUGCGUAAAGAGAUAGCAGAUGUCCUUGGACCGGGCGUUUUCAAGUCGGCCCCGAAACCUGUUAAACUUGAUUCGGCGGCCACGGUUUCAGCUAAGAAGGGCGUUACUGACACCUUUGGUUCUGUCCCACCAGGAUUGAGGAAUGGCCUAGGGUUGUAGGCAGCUGCUCUGGACAAUACAUCAGUCAAGCCGUUUGGGAUGAAGGUCAACUAAUGGGGGAGGGGGGGCGCAGGCAAUGGCGGAAUACGACUGGGAAGAUCAUAAUCAAGAAGGCCUAAUGGGACGUCUGCUCGUGACGUUGAGGAAGACAGAACUGCUACGAAACAUGUACUGUUUUAAUUUGAUUAUAAGAUAACACAUCAUACGAAAAAAAGUCUAUUUAAG